AUGAUCCAGUUCUCCCUCAAUCCCUCCGAUAUGGUUUUGCGGAAACAACUCGUUAAUAUUCGAAUCAUGGGUCAUCUCCUGAAAGUCGGUCCUACAGAUAAAGCAAAGUCCCAUAUUUCUACGACCAUCAAUAGCGAAGCUACCGACGAAGCUCUCAUUGCUCGAGGUGCAUUCUAUGAUAAUUCGCAAGGCGAAGGGUCCUACCCCCCCAGGCGUCCACUCAUCACUCGCGCCCUUCGUUCCGACAGACUCUGGCAGAAGUGCAUCAACAGCUUCGGCGUUAUCCAUCCAACCAUCAAGAAGCGAAGAAAAGCAUAUAACCUCCUCAGGCCUUGGCUCGUGACAAUUAUCGAUGUAUCUUGUCCGGCACCAUGGACAAGAAGUCAUUCUUCGAGUACGACGAACUCCAAGCACGGUUACCGGAAGGGAUGGCACCACGAACCACCCAAAGACUACGCUGCGAACGCAUGGACUAUCAUCGAACACUUUGGAUUCCCGAAAAUCCUCCAGGAGCUUGAAGGCGAAAAAAUCCACCGAUUGGAAAACGUUUUGACCCUCGAAUACGAUCUUCAUGAUCAUUUUGACGAUCUCACUCUUUGGUUGGAGCCCACAGAUAUUGAAAAUCGCUACAAAGUCUGCACAACGAAGGAGCGCUACAUUUUUGAGUUGUUGAAAGUGCCUCGAUUUGUUGAUUUCACGUCUACGCGAAGUGACUUCCCACUACCGUCGAGCGAGAAGUAUCUCAACCUUGUAGAGGAUGAUGAUCCUUUCAAGUCCAAGGUACGGAGCUACGAUCCCGUAGGUUCAGAUUUUGGGGAUGUCUUGGCAGCGCGGUUGUAUGAUGUGAGCGAGAUUCGUUUGGCGGCGACUGUUGGUGCCUGA